GUCCUUCUCUUCCCUGCUCGGCCCGGACUAGAGGCGGCGGUGUGGGAUGAAAGGGGGGAUCCCGAGCGGGACUUGGAUGCACACUGCUACGGAAGAACUUUUCCUCGGAGCUGUUGCUGCUAAGUCUCAGAUCCCGACUGUGAACAGGUCACCCUAAAGAAUGGCCGAGCCUUCUGGGAACGAGCUGGCGUCCGCGGCUGCCAAGGGGGACCUAGUGCAACUUACUAAUUUGUUGCAAAAGAAUGUAAACGUCAAUGCACAAAAUGGAUUUGGGAGGACUGCGCUGCAGGUAAUGAAACUUGGGAACCCCGAAAUUGCCAGGAGGUUGCUCAUUAGCGGUGCAAACCCCAACCUGAAAGACAGUACUGGCUUCGCUGUAAUUCAUGAUGUAGCCAGAGAGGGUUUUCUGGACACUUUGCAGACUCUGCUGGAGUUUAAAGCUGAUGUUAACAUUGAGGAUAACGAGGGCAACCUGCCCUUGCACUUGGCCGCCCGGGAGGGGCAUGUGCGGGUGGUGGAGCUGCUGCUGGAGCGCGCAGAGUGCAAGGUGGGCCACCAGAACAAGCGGGGGGCCACCGCCUACGACCUGGCCAAGCUCUACAAGAGAUCCGCCGUGGUGAAGCUCUUGGAGGACAGCAGCUUCUUCCCUGCAGCCAUGAAUUAAACCCAAUGCGGACGCGCUCUCCUUUGGACACUAAGGCUUUCAGCCGUCUUUUUUUUUUUUUUUUUUUUUUUUUUUUUUUUUUCCCCUCCUCCUUUUUAAUAACAUUUGUUGCUACUUUACUUCUAUUAUUUUUCUUAAAUAGCUGAUAGCAUAAGUCUCCAGAAAUUCUAGAGGUGGGUUUUUAGAUAAUGGAAAUGUUUUAAAUCCACGCUCCCAGCAAUUUCUUACACCUGCCAUUUACAAAGCACUCAUAGACUCAGCCGUGUAUAUGUUGGUCGCUCAUAAUUAGCUUUCCAAUACCAAGUUUUGCAAUUUAUUUUAGGUCAUUUGUAUUAAGUCACUCAUACAAGAGCUACAUAUUCACAUGCUUAACGUUACUGGACUUUUAGGAAAAGGAAAUAGCUUGCUGUGAUGUCUCCCACCUCUCAACGCAUCCCCCACCCCACCCCCGGUCAGGCUUUUUGAAGUCCUGUUUUGGGUUAAAAGAGCCUUUUAAGGGGUAACCUGCAACUCCUCGCUCAGGCAGAGCUUGGAGUCAAAGGCUGCUUGGCCUGAGGACAGCGGAUGGCGCUUAGAGGCUUUGGGAAAUAGCUGCAUUUUGACAUAACAAGAGCUUGUAGAAGUAGGUCACUUACUUUCUAAAUGUAGAUGACACUUUUCCCCUUUGUGUAUUUAAACUUUCACCAAGCUGGUUUUGUAUUUAGUUACCAGAAACAGUGUAAGUGGUGUUUUUUUGAUUGCCAGAGGUUUUAAACAGCUCAGCUCAGUAGUUCGUGUUUACUGUGCACUGAACAAGACGGUUUUUCUAGUUUCAAAACAAGCAGCAGAGAACCAUUGUCAUAGGCAAGAGGACACGAAGGCUGCAAUACAAGUUUUCUGGUCGCUUUGUAAGCUGAGUGCAGUUUAGAUGCUCUUUAAGAAAUAUUUGCUUUCCACCAACUCUUCUGUUUUGCCUGGAAAGAAACUAUUUUAAUGAUAGAUGCAUCUCACAAAGCAGGAAUAUCUGAAUACAGUGACAUGUAGGAAUGAUAUUGGGGAAGUUAUGUUAUCGCUUGUACAUAAAAAGCAUUUAACUAUUGAAAAUUUUCCAUUGCAAUACAACUGAGAGUAUUCAUAGUAUUCAGCAGACUCAAACUCAUUUACCUCUCCAGCUACAACAGGAGCUAACGACGCUCAACACCGUAUCAGAAAGAGCUUAGUGUGAAACUUUUAACAUUUGCACAGGAUCUAGUUGUUGGACAGAUGGACACUUUAAAGUGCUUUAUUUUGAAGCGUCUAAAUUUUAAUUGCGCAAAAUAGCAUGUUUUAAAUCAAUACAAAAUGAACAGUACUUAAAAUAGCACUUAAAAGAGGAGGGGGUGUACAUUAGUUUAGAUUUUAACUCUUAAAAAAAUAUUUUAGCCCCACAAAAUCAGUUACUACCGUUCCGAAGUAAAAAGUAAUUUGCUGAGUCUGUCUGUUACGUUUACUAUAAGCUCUGUCACACUGCUGUGUUUUCUGAUUAAAAACCUCUGUGAAAUA